CUCACGUGUAAAUUUCGGAUUUAUUCUGGUCAAAGAGGUGAACUUCGUGAGAACUCUAUCUCCUUGAUUAGAUCUGUCUCUGCUAAAGAUCUCUCGUUGUUCUUGUUUUUGAACAGAAGCUCUUUCGCCGUCUCUGAGAGAUGACGCCGUUCAUGCUUAAAGCCUUGGCCUGGUUCGCUGACAAUUUCCUCGGGAGCUUGGUUGGGAAGGCCGCUGAUUACGCAGUUCAACAGUUCGGAGUGCAGCAUGGACUUCGAGAUGACAUCGACAAGCUACAGAGUUCUUCUGAAAAAUCCAGACUAAUCAUCCACCAAGUUGAGAAGUUGCGGAUCCAAGAUGAGGGUGUCAAAGCGCGAUUGAAGGGAUUGUUGAUGCAACUCAAAGAUGCGGCUUAUGAUGCUGACGAUUUGCUCGAUGAGUUUCAAUAUCAAGUUCUGAUGAAACAGGUGGAGCAAGAAGAAAAUGAGUCAACUAACUUCUCGUUGCCAUCUUCUUCUACUGCUCUGCCUGCAACGAAAAAGCCAAGAAUCUCAGUCUCUACUAUUGCAGAUCUGAUUUCUAGUAGCAGAGACAAAGAUAGAGUGCAAAAAAUCAAAGAAAGGAUAGAAAACAUCACUGGUGAUAUAAGUCAACUCAUUCCUUUGUUUCCUUUGUCUGAUUUAGAAAACCAACAACAACUGAUUUCAUCGACCAGCCGAACUACAAGCUCCGUACUGGUUGAAACCGAAGUAUUUGGAAGAGACAAAUAUCUAAAAGAACUCAAGGAUUUGUUGUUGAACGCCUCAGAUGGAGCAGGAUCUAGCAACAUCAGCAUCCCUGUGUUAGCUAUUGUUGGUAUCGGAGGGAUCGGCAAGACUACUCUGGCUCAACAAGUAUACAAUGAUGAAGCCAUUCAAGAACAUUUUCAGCUAAAGAUUUGGGUCUGUGUAUCUGGAAAUUUCUCUGUCGAGAGACUCACCAAAGAGAUUAUAGAGUCUGCAACCCGAAAAAAAUGCAUGGUUGGUGCUGUGGAUCCAAUCCAUCUCUAUGGUUUGGAGGCUGAGAGCUUCUGGGCAUUCUUCAAGAAAUGUGUAUUUGGCUCGCAAAACAAUGGUGACCAUCCACCUGAUCUCGAAACCAUAGCCAAGACAAUUGCCGAAAGGUUGAAUGGUUUACCACUUGCAGCAAAGACGGUUGGAGGAUUAUUGAAGGUUAACAUGGAAAAGAGUCAUUGGGAAACUAUUAUGAAAAGUGAAAUCUGGCAACUGCCGCAAAAUGAGAGUGACGUUCUGCCGGUCCUCCAGUUGAGCUAUCAAUGCCUUCCUGCGCAUCUCAAACGCUGCUUCGCCUUUUGCUCACUUUUUCUCAAAGAUUAUGUAUUUAGCAAAAAAGAGUUGGUAAGGAUUUGGAUAGCAGAAGGCUUUGUUAUUCCUCAAGGAAAAGAGAGGAUGGAGGAUGUAGGGAGCAGCUACUUUGAAGAUCUUGUUAGUAGAUCUUUCUUUCAGAAAUCAAGAAUAUUUUCUAGUAAGUAUGUGAUGCAUGAUCUGAUACAUGAUCUUGCACAGUUGGUGUCAGAUGGUGAAUGUUAUCAGCUAGAGAAUGGCAAUACACAAGAGGUCUCUAGUCUGGUGCGUCAUCUGUCAGUGUGGCCUCCUGCGAGUAAGCCUGCUUAUCAACUGGAAAGACAAGUACUAGUGCUCAGUCGUAAUAACAAAUGGCGGAGCCUAAUUUGGAAUGACAAUUUCAAUUUUACCAUUUGGCGGAGCCUAAUUUGGAAUGACAAUUACUAUAAUAUCAACAAUCCGACUCUGAAGGACUUAUGGAGAAGUUUAAAAUACAUUCGUGUGUUCAUUUUGCAGAGAAGUGGAAUUGUUGAAUUGCCUGAGGAUGUUGCCGAACUUAGACAGCUUCGCUAUCUUGACUUAUCCUCCAACUAUCAAAUGAAAAGAUUACCUGACUCAUUAUGUCGUCUUCACAAUCUGCAGGCACUGAAACUGGAUCGGUGUCCAAUACAGAGUUUUCCACAAGGGAUGAGCAAGCUUAUCAACUUGAGACACUGUGAUUCUAAAUUAAUAUCGAAAAUAUACAGGAUAGGGAGGCUGACUUCCCUUCAACAACUAGACAGAUUCAACGUGCAGAAGCAUCCAGGGCACAAACUCGAGGAACUAAGUGGUUUGACACAGCUCCAUGGAAAACUGCGAAUUUCUAAUCUCGAAAAUGUUGGGAGUAAAGAAGAAGCAAAUGCGGGUAAACUGCACAACAAAGUGUUUAUUGAUAGCUUGACGUUAGAAUGGAUGCCCAACCAGGAUGGCAGCUCAGAGGGCAAUCAAUUACUCAUCUUGGAAGAGCUGCUUAAAGAUCUGAAAUGGCAUCCCACUCUGAAAGAAUUGGAAAUUUCUGGGUACUCUUGGGCAGCAUGGGACGAGAAUUACAGUUGGGCCAAGGACAUAAAGUUGUUUCCAUCCGUCUUGCAUGUACUUCACGUCUUCUGUUGUCCCAAACUUAAGAGGUUGCCUCCCCUCCCUCCUUCGCUUGUAGAUUUACAGCUAUCAGAAUCCGGGUUGGUGAAACUUCCAAAUAUAUGGGAAGAAAUCGAUGGAAGUGGCCAUUGUAAGGUUGCAACUCUUAAACAUUUGUAUCUACAUUGCCCAUAUCUUAUGAGUUUGGAAGAUGGGUUGCUGUCGCAGAAUCUUCCGUGCCUUCAGACCAUCAUAUUAGAGGAUUGUCAAGAACUGAUGUGGCUUCCCAUGGAGAAGCUUAAGGUAUUUGCCUCCCUAAAGGAAAUGCAAAUAUUGAAUUGCCCCAAGCUACUAACGAUGACGCAUGACCUUAAUGACUUCCUCAUCCUCCCGCAAUCACUCAAGAAAUUAAGCUUGUCUAACUGUGGGGAUCUUGACAAAUUGUUGCCUCGUUGCCUGCACAACCUCACCUCGCUCGCUCAUUUGGAAAUAGCCGAAUGUCCUCACUUGCAUUCUCUUCCAAAGGAACCUCUGCUUCACUUGAAGCAACUGGAAUAUGUGAAAAUCUGUGGUUGUGAUGAGCUGAGAUCAAUGGAAGGAUUGGGAGUUCUGAAAUCCCUCAAGGAUUUGAUUAUUUUGAAAUGCCCCAAUCUUUUAAUAAAUGGAAGAGACGAGCAUGGGGAGGAGGAGGAGCAGGGUUUGUUAUCGCUACGUGAAAUAUGCAUUGAUAACACUGCGUUGCUUAAAAUCCCCCCCCUGAGAAAUGCACUGCCAUCCAUCCAUAGACUCCAAAUCCAAAGCUCAGUUGAGGAGGUGAUGUUUGAGGGGGAGGAGCAGGAAUUGUUGCGGAGGCUCACUGUUCUUAGAAUCCUAAUGUUUUCUUAUUGCGAGGAACUACAGUCUCUACCAAAGGAGUUGUAUACUCUUCCCUCCCUUGAGCUUUUAUCCAUUGCAUAUUGUCCAGAGAUUGAGUCACUGCCGGAGACAGGUCUGCCCACCUCCCUCACUGAUUUAAGAUGUCAGUGUGAAAAUCCGAUGCUAAAGCAACAAAUUCAGGAGAAGAUGAAGGAAUUGACUAGCUCCGGUCGAUAUCGUCCUGUACAUGACAGGAUUAUUUUUUGAAAUCUUUUAGAGAAUUUUGGGUGCCUGUUGUUGCCAUGUGGCCACCAGAUUUCUUCGCUGCUGGAGAUGUCAACUGUUUUGGAAUUUUAGGUCGUGCUGCUAAGCUGAAAAUGUUCAACAUUGUCAUUUCUGAAGCCUUUGGAUUCAAGGUUCUUAGCCAAGUUUUAUUGCUCUGAGGUGUAGUCCUGUCCUCUCUAUCAUAAAGAGUUAGUUCCGUCUCAACUCUGAGGGCUAGACUGGUUGCAUCAAGCGAGUUGAGUUUUUUUUUUGGGGGGCACGAUCUCACUGUGCCAAAAUUUUAGUUUCCUUGACACACCAUAGUUGAAGUGCAAUAAUUUCUUCCUUUGGAUCGAUAGUAUAAAUGUUUUGCUGUAGUAGGUUGUUUUGUGGUCUCUGGCAUGAUUCUGUCUGUUCUGUGCAACCAAUAUUUGUAUCUAGCAUUCUGUUGAGCCAGUCUUCGUGUUUAGUUUUAGACAAUGUUAUA